AUGGUCUUCGCAGCUAGAACCUCCGUCCUCCGCGCCGCCCGCGCUCAAUUCACACCGACCCGGGCUGCUUUCGCCUUCAAUCAGUCUGCCCUCGCCCGCCUUCUCUCCACCCUCGCAGUCCUCGAACAGCGCGAUGGCAAGCUCCAGGGAUCAUCUGUCUCAGCAAUCGCCGCAGCUCUGAAAUUGGGUGGCCCCGUUACGGCGUUCGUGGCUGGAGCUGGCGUGAAAGCGACAUCGGCGGCCGAGGCGGCCAAGUACAAGGGCGUGGAGAAGGUUGUUGCGGUUGAGAGCGAAGCCUACGAGAAGGGCCUCCCCGAGAACUACGCCCCCCUCCUCGUCGAGAACAUCAAGAAGGGCGAAUACACACACAUCAUUGCAGGCCACGGUGCCUUCGGGAAGAGUCUCCUUCCCCGCGUCGCUGCUCUGCUAGACGUCCAGCAAGUCUCCGAUAUAACCGCCAUUGAAAGCGAAGACACAUUCGUCCGCCCCAUCUACGCCGGAAACGCAAUCCUCACCGUUCAAUCCACUGACCCCAUCAAGGUCAUCACCGUCCGUGGCACAGCCUUCCAGGAUGCCGAACCUACUGGUGGCUCCGCCUCCGUCACCGAUGGGGCAGACCCCAACGCUCCCGCCCAAACCGAAUGGGUCUCCGAGGAGCUCUCCAAGUCCGAGCGUCCCGACCUCGCCACAGCCUCGCGUGUCGUCUCCGGUGGUCGUGGCCUUAAGUCGAAGGAGGAGUUCGACCGCAUCAUGGUUCCCCUUGCUGACUCGCUGGGUGCAGCUAUCGGUGCCUCCCGUGCGGCCGUUGACUCCGGAUUCGCCGAUAACAGUCUGCAGGUUGGACAGACCGGUAAGAACGUGGCGCCGCAGCUGUACCUGAGUGUUGGUAUCAGUGGUGCGAUUCAGCACCUUGCUGGUAUGAAGGACAGCAAGGUGAUCGCGGCGAUUAACAAGGAUGCCGAUGCACCGAUCUUCCAGGUUGCGGAUGUUGGCCUCGUUGGUGAUCUGUUUGAGAAGGUUCCUGAGUUGGCGGAGAAGGUAAAGUCUGCGUAG